AUGGCCUCAACUCCUCCUACAGUUCGGCAUCCAUCACCUUUCUCUGAAGCUACUGGUGUCACCGUCAAGAGACAGUUAUUGGCGCAAAACCGCCAGUUAGGUCCCGCUUCGCGUGGCGCAUCUCCUCAAACGGUCGCUCAGGUGGUAAUCGCACCUCCCCAGCAGUCUGUGGCCGAAGAGCCGCCUCCAUCCAUCUCUGCUCCGGCUUCAGUUCCGCCUCCUACAACUACUACCGUUUCUGCCUCGGUGUCUGGAUCUGUUCCAGUACAGUCGUCUCAAGGUGAAGAAGUACCUACGACGACCCCGAGGCAACAGACCUCAUCUCCUCAGACCUCAUAA